AUGAGUAACUUAUUCGAUAGGAACCACUUCGGCUCACCUGAGUUCCACGAGUUAUAUCCUAGUCGCAUGUACCUGAAGUUGGGAAGCAGAUGGGUUUGUGAUGCCGUCACCAAACUUGUCAUCGAGAUGGACCUUUUGCAGGCUCCUUUGAGUCCUCUUCUCUCAGUACCACAUCCGUUGUCUCGCUGCCUCGCUCGAUUUUCUCUUUGCCAGAGUGACCUUCACAACUUCUUUCGUUGCAAAGGCAACCAAGGCCCCGACCGGCGGCUUAGAAACGGUCUAUGCCAGCCUGCUGCAGAAAUCGACAAGUAAGCUCAUGACGCGCAAGUGAAUUGUGGCCUGGGCAAAUGCAUAUAUGCAGAAUCUUGGUUGGGUAAUUGGUAUUGGAGCAAAACUCCCCCGUCGGCAUCACGACAGGAGAGGUCGGCCUUUUGGGAAAUUGGGGUUGGUGGCACGCCGCAAGCCUUUGACCGGCCCUACCCAAGUGGCUCUGCAGUGUCUCACCAUGAAAUGGGUUCUGAAGCCACACCACCAGGCAACAGGAUUGUCUCAUCUGUUCUUGAAGAGUUGGCCGAUUCUAGCAAACUUUCACUGCAAGAGAAUGCAUAUAUCAAAAUCGGCUGCUAA